CUACGAAGCCCUUGGUGGGUUCAAGUCUCGAAUGUGUCAAGGACCCCUGACGAAACAUGCUGAAGCGUAGGCGCCGGGGAUCUUUCUAAGGAUGGACUAAGGAUGGACCAAUGACGAAUCAAAUCUCGAACUCGAUCUCUCCACACCCCAAACCGAGUCCAAGCCUCAAUCCCCUCAACUCCCCUGUUCGUGUUCCUGUUACUACUCUUCUAAUUUUCAGCCUACCAUUCUACGUGCAGCAAUAUCGCCUAGCCUCGCAAGCUGUGCUAUGGUAGUAUGGCUGACGAUUGCGCAGUCCGUCCUGUCCGCCUUCAUAUCUGGCUUGUAUCGGGACGUGUCGUCAACGAUGCUCAGUGGUGCCAUUACCCACCCAUUCAUCCUUGUUAAGGAUCUGAAUAUCAUACAGGACCAGGUUAACCCGGGUCAAAAGAACGGGCCAUUGAAGACUUCAACGAGGAAAAUUCUUUGUUCGACAUAUCCAGUCGAUAUCGACAUACCUAGUCAUUACGCAGACCCUCGCUUUGAUCCAUCGUUGUCGCAAGUAACCGGCAGGCUUCCAGGUCGACUAUCCGUUCAUUUUAAUCUUCAAAGAUUUUGUCCGUCACAUCGCCGAUUCUCUCCUUCGAUGGCCUUGUGCCCGUUCAGCAGGCUCUGAAUUAGUAUUACCUGUUUUUAUCCCGUGUCUAAAGGACGAGGUUUCGAAAUAUAAUUCAAAGGUCUAAUAACAUAAGAGGAGGUACUUGACGGUGUUGGGUUGGUAAAUUC